GUCUCACUGCGCAUGCGCGCGUCAGACGCAUCGAACCAGGAACCAGCGACACGUUUACGAGGGAGAAACUGCUGUUAUUGAGGAGAAACUGCGGAGAAACACCUGGAGAAACACCUGCCAGCGCCAUGGUGGGCGAGCGGCGUAACGGGAACCUGCUGGUGCAGCUCGGCCCGCGGCUGCAGGCGUUUCCGGAGGAAUUGAUCCGGCAGCGCCGGACGCACGACGGCCAGGCCGAGUACCUGGUGCGCUGGUGUCUGGUGGCCCUGGACGACGGCUCGGGGACGGGGGGCGGGGCCAGCGAGGGGGGCGGGGCCGGCGGCGGCGGCUCGGCGGGCGGGGGCUCGUCCGGGUCCAGCCCCGGGGAAACCAAACCGGAGAACGUCCUGAUGUGGAUGUCCACGGAGGACGUGUUCGCCAACUGCCCCGCGCUGCUGGGCAAGAGGAAGACGGACUGCGCGGAGACGGCGCGCGGCGGCGCGGGCGGCUGCGGCGCCGGCGUCGGCGGCGAGCUGCCGGCCGAGGUGGAGCUGGCGGACAUGGAGGAGGACGUGAAGAACCUGGUGCGCCGCGCCAGGAAGCAGAUGGCGCAGCAGACCGACCCGUCCGUGCACAUCAUGCACACCAUCCACGUGCUCAGCGCCUACGCUAGCAUCGGCGCGCUGGUCGGCGUCUUCAAGGAGACCGGCGCGCUGCACCUGCUCAUGGAGCUGCUCUGCAACAAGGAGAAGGCCACGCGCCGCAGCGCCGGGAAGAUGCUGCGGGCGCUAGCAUCGCACGACGCAGGUAGCCGCGCCUACGUGCUGCUGUCCCUCAGCCAGCAGGACGGCAUCGAGCAGCACAUGGACUUUGACAACCGCUUCACCCUGCUGGAGCUGUUCGCCGAGACCACGUCCUCGGAGGAACACGGCAUCUCCUUCGAGGGAAUCCACCUGCCCCAGAUUCCCGGGAAGCUGCUGUUCUCCCUGGUGAAGCGCUACCUGUGCGUCACGUCUCUGAUGGACAAGCUGAACACGGCGGGGGCGGAGCCCAGCGCGGACCGGCAGGACGCCAGCCCCGCCCCCUCCUCCUCCUGCAGCUCCGCCCACCAGACGGAGCACCUGCGGGUGCAGCGGGAGUUCGACUUCACCAUGGCCAUGGCCAACCUGAUCUCGGAGCUGGUCCGGGUGAUGGGUUGGGACCGGAACCGGAGGCCGCCCGACGGCGCCGCCCACCUCGCCGGCGGCUCCGCCUCCUCCUCCGCCGGCGCCCACGAGCAAGGCGAGGAGGCGCAGGCUCGGCCGGUGCUCCGGUCCAUCUUCCAGCCGCGGUUCUGCACGUCUCCCAUCUCCCUCCCCGCCAGCGCUGCCGCUGCCGCCGUGCCGGCGCCCGCCGCCACCGCCACACCGCAGAAGAAGAAGAAGACGGCCGGGAACGGCUUCAAGACGCGGUCGGACUUCGCCAGCCGCUCGGCCUACAUGGAGUACGUGCAGGACAGCCUGAAGAGCGGCAUGACGGUGCGGAUGCUGGAGGACUACGAGGAGGUGAGCGCCGGAGACGAGGGAGAGUUCCGCUACAGCAACGACGGCUCGCCGCCCGUGCAGGUCUACUGGACCCCCCUCUCCAGGACCUACUGGGUCCACUGGCACAUGGUGGAGAUCCUGAGCAGCGGCAGCAGCAGCCAGACGGAGAAGGAGACGCAGGAGAAGGCGUCGUCUCUGACCGAGACGCUGAAACUCACAGCAGUGAGCCAGACCUUCUUCUCGCGCCCCCCCGGGGGCCUGUACUCGCUGCCCUACCUGUCCUCCCCCCCCCGGGGGGACGGGGGGACCCUGAGCCGGGCCGAGUGGUGGGAGCUGCUGUUCUUCGUCAAGAAGCUGGAGCCCAAACAGCAGACGGAGGUGGAGGGGGUUCUGGAGACGGAACUGGACCAGGUCCAGCUGGACGACUCGUCCCUCAUCGGUCUGUCCGUCCCCGGGGACGUGGCCCGGAAGCUGCUGCACUUCCUGAAGCAGCACCUGCCGUCGUCGUGUCUGGAGGAUCUGCUCUGCUCCCACACCUUCUCCAGGUUCUACCUGAGGAGGGGGGGCGCCGGCCUGGAGGACCAGGACCUGCUGGCCGACAGCCCACUGGGCUCGUCCUCCAGCCCCGGGUCUGGGUCUGGCUCCCAGAACCAGACCCCGUCCCCGUCGGCCCCCAUGGCAUCCGUCUCCAAGAAAGCCAAGAAGGAGGUCCAGGUCCAGGAUCCCUGCAGCCCCGAGGAGAACGAGCUGCCCGAAGACCGGGUCCCCGAGGACCUGGAGGACCAGAUCAAAGUGUUCAACAACCCGCGGGUCCAGGGGAAGAAGACCCUGCUGGAGAAGCUGGGGGAGGUGGUGGACAUCCUGAAGAAGGGGGUCCCGGGCCCAGACCCAGACCCGGAUCCGGACCGGGACCAGACCCAGCAGCUGGCGGCCGUCCUCUUCAUCACCCGCCUGCUGGAGGAGAAGGGGGGCCAGGAGAAGAACUCCAUGAGGACCGACUCGGCCCAGACCGUCCGGGACAAGGUUCUGAAGCUGCUGGUGGAGCUGCUGGGCUCCUCCUCCAGGGAGCUGGUGCUCAGCACCCUAAGGCUCACCCACCUGCUGAUGCUGCGCUACGAGUGGAGGGUGUCGUUCGCCACCGAGGGCGGGGUGAAGGCCGUGCUGUCCUGCAUGCAGGAGUUCCCCGCCGCCGUGACGGUGCAGCAGCUGGCGCUGGCGACGCUGAAGGUCAUCACCGGCGCCAGCAAGCACGACCUGCGCAGCGUGGGCAGCAGCGCGCCGCUGUCCGAGUCCGGCACCCAGGUGAUGCUGGAGAUCUUCGCCAGCAUCGGCUCGGCCACGCCGGAGGGUUCCCGGGGCCUGCUAGCCGUGGUUCCCGCCGCCAUCGACCUCAUGCUGAGGACCAAGGGCUGCUCCCCGUCGGUGCGUAACGGGCUGCUGGUCGUCGUCAUGCUGAUCUCCAACCACAAGAGCCUGGCGGAGCAGCUGGUGUCGGGCGGCGUGACGGCGGUUCUGAAGCGCUGCCUGGCGCUGCCGCGGGCCGAGACCAUGCUAGCCAUCAUCGCCCUCAACCACAUCUCCAUGGUGCACAAGCUGGAGAGCAAAGAGUCCCGCGAGCAGCUGGACUUCAAGGACACGGAGCUGCAGAUGUUGGUGGUGAGUCUGAAGGAACUGACGGCCACGAAGGAGGUGAUCCAGACUCUGGAGCAGCUGCUGUGUGACGACGCCUCGCAGCUGGAGGAGGAACGCAGCCAGGUGACCCACAGCCGGGACACCUACCAGGACCUGGUCCGUCUGAUGGAGCAGCACCGAGCGGACCGGGCCAUCCAGCUGUCCAUCCUCAGGAUCCUCAAAAAGUUCCUGGACAACUACCAGGAGGACGAGCUGCCGUGGCACGAGAGCAUCGAGCCCUGCCUGUCCACCAUGGCGGCCUUCGUGGGGGACCGAGAGGUGGUGCAGCUCUUCAUCGGGUUCCUGUACCGGCUGGGGUCCCUGAACAAGGACUACGCCGUGGUCAUGUGCCGGCUGGGGACCCGGGACGUCCUGGUCAAGGCCCUGGACAAGCACAGCGCCAGUUUGCUGCUCGUCCCCGAGCUCAGGGACCUCAUCUCCGACUGCGAGAAGUACGCUAGCCUGUACAAGAGGAUGACCACCAGCGUGCUGGCCGGCUGCAUCCAGAUGGUGCUGGGUCAGAUCGAGGAACAUCGCCGGAGCCACCAACCCAUCAACAUCCCCUUCUUCGACGUCUUCCUCCGGAACCUGUGCCAAGGGUCCUCCGUGGAGCUGAAGGAGGACAAGUGCUGGGAGAAGGUGGAAGUUUCCUCCAACCACCACCGGGCCUCCAAGCUGACGGACCAGAACCCCAAGACCUACUGGGAAUCCAACGGCUGCACCGGCUCGCACUUCGUCAACAUCUUCAUGCACAAGGGCGUCGUCAUCCGACAACUGGCGGUCCUGGUGGCCAGUGAGGAUUCCAGCUACAUGCCGGCCCGGAUCCUGGUCCUGGGGGGGGACGACCCGGCUAGCAUCAACACGGAGCUGAACACGGUCAACGUGGCCCCGUCCGCCAGCCGCGUGGUUCUGCUGGAGAACGUGACGCGGUUCUGGUCCAUCAUCCAGAUCCGGAUCAAGCGCUGCCAGCAGGGCGGCAUCGACACCCGGGUCCACGGCUUCGAGGUCCUGGGGCCCAAACCCACGUUCUGGCCCGUGUUCAAAGAGCAGCUCUGCUGCCGCACCUUCCUGUUCUACAGCACCAAGGCCCACAGCUGGGUGCAGGAGGUGGAGCGGGACCGGGCGCAGCUGCUGCAGCUCUUCAACAAGUUGAACUCUGCCCUCCGUCAUGAGCAGAUGUUUGCUGACCGGUUCCUGCCGGACGCUGAAGCUGCAGAAGCUCUGGGUCGUACCUGCUGGGAGGCUCUGAUUACUCCUGUAGUACUGAGUAUUACACACCCAGAAUCCUCGGGGGGCUCCCCCCUGUCCUGGCUGCUGAGUGAGUACCUGGACAACGCCGAGGCGGCUCGCCGCUGCAAGAGCCGCGCCGCCAUCUUUAACUCCAGAGUCCGGCGGCUGACGCACCUGCUGGUCCACGUGGACACGAGCCGGGCCGACGCCGAGGACCUGAGGCCCCCCGUCAAGUCCAAAGGUCUGAACAGAAGCAGGGAGCUGAAGAACGGUAAAGAAGGGAAGAACAAGGACUCGUCGUCCUCCUCGUCCUCCUCGUCCUCCAAGCCCCGGCUCAGGAGCAGCAGCAGCAUCGCGGGCGUCGCCCUCUGCUGGCAGGGAGUGGUGCAGCAGCAGGUGAAGCGGUUCCUGGAGUCCGGCUGCAGCCUGCCGGACUUCGUGGAGCGGUACCGGGCCCUGUACCUGCGGCUGAAGAAAGCCAUGGAGGAAUUGUUCGGGCAGCAGACGGCCUUCGUGCUGGCGCUGAGACACGGAUUCUCCGCCGCGCUGCUGCAGCUCUCCAUCCUGCGGGCCAUGCACGUGAGCGAGCGUUUCGCCCAGUACAUCGACCAGAUGAUCCAGGCCAGCGGGGCCUCGUCCAGCAGCGUGGAGACGCUGCAGCGGCUGCAGCAGUUCCUGGAACCCAUGCUGUUCCUGUCGGGCCUGGAGCUGGCCAACACCUUCGAGCACUUCUACAGGUACUACCUGGGCGACCGGCUACUAGCCCAGGGCAACGUGUGGCUGGAGAACGCCGUCAUCGAGCAGAUCGGCAGCUGCUUCCCCAGCCGGUUCCCCCAGCAGAUGAUGAAGAACCUGAGCGAGUCCUCGGACCUGCAGCAGGAGUUCCACCUGUACCGCCUGCAGCAGCUGGACCGGGUCCUGCAGGACCAGGACCAGGUGAUGGAGGAGGACUGGGCCGAGUCGGAGGAGGACUCGGAGGUCCAGGUUCUGGUUCUGUCCCCGCGCUGCUGGGCCGUGUCGUCGCUCUGCUUCCUGGAGGAACCGACGAAACAGUUCCCAGCAGAACUCUGCUGCUACCUGACCCAGUUCACCCACUUCUACACACACAGUCAGUCCAUGUACGGCAUCAGCCAGUCGAAGCCGCGGCGUCUGCAGUGGACGUGGCUCGGUCACGCAGAGCUGCAGUUCGGCAGCUGGACGCUGCAGGUGUCCACGCUGCAGAUGUUCCUGCUGCUGCACUUCAACACCCACCAGGAGGUCAGCGUGGAGGCGUUGCUGCAGGCCACCGGCCUGUCCGCCGCCGUGCUGCUGCACGCUCUGCAGCCGCUCAUCGAUGAGGGAGGACCGCUGACCUGCAGCCAGCCGGACCAGCCGGCCCAGGGUGUGCUGCAGCUGGACCAGCAGGUGGCGUCCCGCAGCCAGCAGGGCGAGGCCUCCACGGUGCGGCUGCUGCCCCGGCAGACGUACCUGAACGUGGACGAGGACGCGGCCAGCACGCUGGAGAGGAAGAGGAACUUCAUCUACUGCCUCAUCGUCCACAUCCUGAAGCAGGAGAAGGAGAUGCACAUCGACAACCUGGUCUUCAGGGUGCUGGACUCGUGCCAGAAGACGGAGGCGUCCCGCUCGGCGGGCGUGGGCCGGUUCAGCUGCAGCACGGCCGACGUGCUGUCGUGCAUCAUGCACGUCAUCAGCAAGGGCUGCAUCCGCCGCGGCGACGACAACCCGCACAUCGUGGAGUUCGUGCCGGAGGACCCGCCCACGCCGCAGAAAGGCCACGCCCACUUCUCCUUCAGCCGCUCCGACAGCCGCAAGGACGCCGCCGCCGACAGCCUGGCCGACAUCAGCCUGGUCGCGGUGCCGCGGGGGUUCGAGGACGGGGUUCUGGACGCCGUUCUGUUCUCCAUGGGCCGGACGAUGUCGCAGGAGGACGUCCGGCAGCUGAUGAAGAGGACGGUGCAGCAGGUGGCCGCCACCCUGAGCCUGGACCUGGACCGGGCCGAGCACCUGCUGAUCCACUGCCGCUGGAACGUGGACCUGCUGGUCGAGCGUUUCACCGACGACCCGGACGCCCUGAUCGAGUCCGCGGGGCUGAAGGUCCGGAACCCGCAACCCCCGCCCAGCCCGACCUCCACCUGCCCCGUCUGCCUGAGCCCGCGGGGGGGCGACGCCGAGCCGGCGCCGGCGCUGAGCUGCCUGCACUACUGCUGCCGGUCCUGCUGGCAGGAGUAUUUGACCUCCCGGAUCGAGCAGAACUUGGUGAUGAACUGUGACUGUCCGAUCACCGACUGCCAGGCCCAGCCGACCUCCGCCUUCUUCCUGAGCAUCCUGACGGGGACGGAGACGGUCGCCAAGUACGAGAGCUCCCUGCUGCGCGGCUACGUGGAGUGCUGCUCCAACCUCACCUGGUGCACCAACCCCCUGGGCUGCGACCAGAUCCUCUGCAAGGAGAACAUGGGCAGCAUGGGAACCUGCAGCCGCUGCUGCUGGUCGUCCUGCUUCAGCUGCAACUUCCCCGAGGCCCACUACCCGGCCAGCUGCAGCCACAUGUCCCAGUGGAUGGACGACGGCGGCUACUACGAGGGCAUGAGCAUGGAGGCGCAGAGCAAACACCUGGCUAAGCUAAUCUCCAAGCGCUGCCCGAGCUGCCAGGCCCAGAUCGAGAAGAACGAGGGCUGCCUGCACAUGACCUGCGCCAAGUGCAACCACGGCUUCUGCUGGCGCUGCCUGAAACCAUGGAAACCCACGCACAAGGACUACUACAACUGCUCCGCCAUGGUGAGCAAAGCAGCGCGGCAGGAGAAGAAGUUCCAGGACUACAACGAGAGGUGCACCUUCCACAACCAGGCCAAGGACUUUGCCGUGAACCUGGAGACCAAGGUGUCGUCCAUCAACGAAGCUCUGCAGAUGAAGUCGCUCACCUUCGUCAUCGACGCCUGUAAAGUCCUGGCCCAGGGUCGCAAGGUCUUGGCCUACUCGUGCGUCUACAGCUACUACAACCAGGAGACGGAGAAGAUGGAGGUGAUGGAGCAGCAGACGGAGGCCCUGGACCUGCACACCAACGCCCUGCAGAUCCUGCUGGAGGAGACCCUGCUCCAGUGCACUGAUCUGGCCUCCUGCGUCCGCCUGCUGAAACCGGAUCACCUGAGUACCGGACUGGAACUGAUACGGCGGAUCCAGGACCGGCUGCUGGCCAUCCUGCAGCACUCCAUCCAGGACUUCCGGGUCGGGUUCCAGACCAGCAGCGGCCAGGACCAGGACUCCACGUGGACGUCCAACCUGUCCAACAACACGGACGCCGUCAAAGCGUCCAAGGUGGCGUCGGACUCCGGGGACUCGGACAACAACAACUACGGCGGCGAGGACGGCGGCGAGGACGGCGAGGACGACGACGAGUACGACGAGGAGUACGUCCCCGAGUGGCACGAGGACUACGACGAGGACGACAUCGACGAGGACGACUUCUUCACCGAGGACGACGAGUCGGACAACGUGGAGCGGGACUUCAGCCCCUUCGACUGAGCGCGCUCAGACCGGCCCCCUGGGGGCGGGGCCAGGAGCAGGCCCCGCCCCCAUAGGCCCCGCCCCCUCCUCACGUCCCCUGAGGACGAAGGGACUCCUGGACACCAGACACGCUGCACCGCUAACACUUCUGAUGCUUUCCUUUACGCUGAGGGGGGGGACGGGGACCUGGACCAGGAUCUGGACCUGGACCAGGACCUGGACCAGGACCUGGUCCUGGUCCUGCUAGACCUCGUCCUGGUCCCUUGGUCCUGGUCCUGGUCCUUGUCUCCGGAGGACGUUUGCUUUGUUUGUUUCCUGUUGCUUUUUUAAAGAGAGACUUGGAGCCGGUCCGGGUCCUGGACUCGGACCCCCAGUCCUGGACCUGGUCCGGUUCCCGGAGGUUCUGCCUUGGCGAGUUUCCGGCGGACGCUGCCUUCACCCCCGAGGAUCAUGGGAAACCCCAGAGGAUCAUGGGAAACCUCCUCCUCUGCUCCAUCUUUACUUUAUUCACCGGAAGUUUUCUGUUCGUAGAGUCGGACGUUUGUGCUGAAAGUUGCUCCGUCAAGACCUGGUUCUGGUCUGAUGUUGGGGGGACCUGCUGGACCGGCUGGUCCUGCUGGACCUGCUGGUCCUGCUGGACCUGCUAGUCCUGCUGGACCGGCUGGUCCUGCUGGACCUGCUAGUCCUGCUGGUCCUGCAGGACCUGCUGGUCCUGCUGGUCCUGCUGGACCGGCUGGUCCUGCUGGACCUGCUGGUCCUGCUGGUCCCAGAGGGUCUAGAUGGUUCCUAAAGGUCCGUCUCCCUGUUCCACUGUAAUUCUGAGAGAUCUUAUAUUCAUAUUGUGGAUGUUCUAGAAUGUUCUAUGUUCUUUGUUCUUUCUUUGUUGCAGUUUAGCAACUUCAGCUGCAAAACUCAAUAAAAGCUUUUUGUGCGAAACCGAAAAA